AUGGCUAUCAUCGACAACGCCGUCUUCGGUGGCCUGCUUUACGGCGGUUGUGGCUACGCCUUCCUAGGCCUCGUCACCUACACGGUCGUCAACAUGGGAGGCCUCUUGGCCCUACCGGCGUGGUACACCGGCUCGGCGCGCGGGCCCAAGGAGAGGGUCCUGCUCGCGUUGUGGUUCCCCGCCAUUGUCGCGCUGUGGCCUCUCGUCCUGCCGCCCUGGCUGGCGGCCCGGUUCGGCCGUCGGGCCUGCGAGUGGCUCCGGGUGAUGGGCAGGAGGGCCCGGAGUAGGGGAAGGAGACUGUGCUGCGGCGGCGGCGACGGAAGCGUCGACCUGGAGAGCGGGGGCGAGAUCUCUCUCGACGAGGGGAGGCGUUGGGCGAGGCUCGGCUUCUUCGUCAACCCGUUCGAGGACAGGGGCCGGUCCAGGUCCCGUGCCCGCGACGGCCGCCCGGAGGUUUCAGAGAACCGCAGUCCGAUGGACCGCGGCGCCGACGGCUCGGCCGCGGGGUCUGAACAGCAGCAGAAGCAGCAGCAGCGGCCGUUGCCGCUGCCGCCGACCACGUGGUACACCAAGCUGCCCUCGCCCGAGGAGAUGCAGCGCGCGAGGGCCCAGGCGUCUUCUGGCGGCUCGUCGGCGCCGCCGGCCAGCCUCCCGCAGGUGGCCGACAAUGUCGUCUACCCCGAUCCGGCCGGAAGGUCCGAGGUCCUGCGGCGGUUGCAGACUAUCCACGAGGACAAGGGGGGCGAGCUCGGUGGAGGUUGGGAGGAUGUGCGUUUGCGGUGA